UGGUGCGGAAAAUGACGCGGCUGGCGGCUGUAGAUUGCUAGUCAUUUUCAUCACCAGCAUAGCAACAAAAAAAAAGAGAAAGGAGGAAAAAAAAGGAAAAAUGGAUAAAAACAGUACAACGUUCCCCGUCCAGCUUUAUAUUUACGAUCUGUCAAAGGGAAUGGCGCGCCAGCUUAGCCCGAUAAUGCUCGGGAAGCAGCUUGAUGGAAUUUGGCACACGUCCAUUGUGGUGUAUGGAGAAGAGUUCUUCUUCGGUGGUGUUGGGAUCUCCAGCUGCCCUCCGGGUGGGACGAUGCUGGGACCACCCGAUACAGUGGUGGAGUUGGGCAACACGGAGGUGAAUGAGGAGAUCUUCAUGGACUACCUGUCAUCCCUUGGAGAAACCACAUACAGAGGAGAGAGAUAUAGGUUGUUUGAGCACAACUGUAACACCUUCACUAACGAAGUGGCUCAGUUUUUAACAGGCCGGAAGAUUCCUUCUUACAUCACGGACCUGCCAUCUGAAGUGCUCUCCACGCCGUUUGGGCAGGUCCUGAGGCCAAUUCUGGACUCCAUCCACAUUGCGCCCCCUGGUGGAAGUGUUAUCAACAGCCAGAAUAAUCACAGCUAGGUCUCUUUCACCAGCUCCACGUACACACUGGCAGCUUGUGUUUGUGUUUAAACAGUCAUGUUGGGUUUAGACUCGGGGAUCAGUCGUGUGCUGUCGUUUCUCAGCUCCUGCUGUACAGACACACGGCUCUGAUCCUCAGCUCUGAUCCUCACGCUGCAGUCCUGAAGCCACAGUCAGGGAUCUCAUUACUCCAUCCCGGUAUACACCGAGCUGCCGUUUCAUCAGGUCCAUCUCCGUAAGCUGUACUCUACAAAGUAUUGGCACCCCUCUAUCUCAGCCAUGAAUGGAGGUGGGGGAAAGACAACCACUGAGCAGACAUGAGCUGCUGCUUUUGGUAUCAUUCAGACAUCUCUGUCUCUGUGAGCAGUUUAACUAUGGGACGAAAACAUCUUGAAUCAUUAGUCAAAUUACUUGCAUUUGUUAGCUCCAAGAUGAAUUCAGACAAGUGAAUCGAACCACAUGCACAUCUGUCAGCUAUCAGCUGACUUCAUCCACUUGUAUUUGUUAUCUCUCAAAUCAAACGAUGCAUACCUCAUCAGGUGAAUCCCUCCAAUCUCUUCCAUUUGUUAGCUCCCAGACAUAUUAGAUGAUUCACCAUCGAAUCUCUCAUGAGAUGAAUCACUUAUAUUGAUCAAAUGGCUUACCUUUGUAUCUGAUUCCCCAUGUUUGUGAAAAGAAUUACGGGAUUGCCUCCAUCGUAAAGGACACAUGGGAUGCUACCUCCAAAAUUUUUGCAGCUGUUUCCUGCCUUCUGAUUGGAGCACAGUGAUGAUUCGGGUGGUGUUCAUUCUCAGCACAGCUAGGUAGAAGUGUGUGUGUGUGUGUGUGUGUGUGGCACAGGUAUGAGUGUUUUAAAAAUGAAUGCAAGAUCUGUCUGCUUAAUAAUAUGGAAGUGUGUGUGUGUGUGUGUGAAAAUGAAUCCCUGAUUGUGGCACGUACAAUUCAGUCAUGCUUUUUUAAAAUUCAUGCAAGCGAACAUUGUCCACACGACUCCGUCGUCUUAUUUCGAAUUCAGCUGGAUCGCCGUGGAAACGGCUUCGAACCAUUGACCCGAGCUCCAGUGUUGGCCAUCUUUAAACAUGUACCACGUAAUAAAUGUCUUAUAACAGAUAUAUUUAUCAGAUAAGUUACAGUUUUAACCCAUCCUAUAGUCAGUAAAUGGGUUUUAAAUUGUAUUUAUUAUAAUGAAUCUAUAAAUCUUUAGUAAAUGAAGACGCUAGUGUUUGUAGUGUGAUUUCUAAAAGCCUUUUCAGUGUUAGACAGUGUUAAAUCUCUGUUCAUUUAUUUGCACAUUAUUUGAACACCAGGCCUCUUUCCUGUGUUUUAGUCACUGCACUUUAACUUAGCGGUUGCCAUAUUGCAGGGUUUUUUUUAUUUUAUUUAUUUUUUUUCAGUGAAGUCUGAUCUGAGACAGUGUGAGGUGAGAUGAUGGACCAGCGUACGGUUGUUGUUGUUGUUGUUGUUGUUGAUGUUGAGUAUUCACCGAGUACAUUGCAGGGACCAUGACACAUAGAGACAAAACACAAUCUAGGAAAAUAAAGGUUAGCACGAUGGGCCGGACCGUACCAGAGAGUCACGGCGUGUCAGAACCCGGGUUUGUGUUCGUGUAGAGUUGGUUUUAAUAGAUGAACACCUUCGUCACUUUAUUAUUACGUUUUAAUUUGUCAGUGCAAUUGCUAUUUAUUCACUCUAAUAUAAUUAAAUGAAGUAUUAUUUUGCCAUAAAUAUUUAUUUGUUGUUAUGAUUUGAAUGUGUUACAUAUGUACUCUCGUAAUACUUGGAAUUUAAUAUCUAACGUAUAUAUAUGUAAAAAUAUCUUAUUACAUUAUACGAACAUAUUCAUCUGAAUAAAGAAAAGCAGCUGUGA